UUUUUUGUACUCACGCAGGUCACUUCAGUUGGAGAGAUUCGAAGCGCUACAAGUGGUCUACUGCAACUCUUCGCCGAGAGAGAUACUGAAUGGAAGAAGGAUUAAAAAAAAAAAACACACAGCUGAAACAAUUCGUUUAACUUUUUAGUUUACUUUUCUCCGGCUUGGUUGAGGUAAUGACCGCUUUACACAUACUCUUAAUUUAAUCCCCGUGGUUCCACGGUGGCUCAAAUCGGGUGUCUUCUUCAGUGUUGUAAUUAGUUAAUUUAGAACACUUGCUGCGUUCUUCUAGGGCCUACUUGUCUCUAUAGAAAAGCGAAUCCUCCAGGCCAAUCGUCGCCAGGUAACAGGCGACUGGGGCUUUGGCUGUUUACAGUAUUUUCUUAGUUUAUCUGAUUACUUUAAUUUGGAACUAAAACGUUAAAGUUCCAUACGACCAUGUAUAGCAUGAUGGAACACGAGCUGAAGCCCUCCGGGCAACAGCAGUCGCACCAAACCACCCAGGGCAUGUCUCCCGUAACCGGCAACAUAGGCAACUCUCAUCCAGGGUCAAAAUCCGUGUGCCCUCCUGGCGUUGACCCCAUGGACAAGGUGAAAAGGCCAAUGAACGCCUUUAUGGUCUGGUCCAGGGGCCAGCGUCGCAAGAUGGCACAGGAGAACCCCAAGAUGCACAACUCUGAAAUCAGUAAGCGGCUGGGCGCAGAGUGGAAACUACUGACUGACGCAGAGAAGCGGCCGUUCAUUGACGAAGCCAAGCGCCUCAGGGCAGUGCACAUGAAGGAUUAUCCCGACUACAAGUACAAGCCACGCCGCAAGACCAAGCCCCUGCUCAAGAAGGACAACCAGAUGGGAAAGUACCCUCUCUCUGCGGGUAACCUCCUGGCCGCGGCUGCCGCACAGGGCCAAGGGGGGAGCCCCCGGAUGGAAAGCUACGGGUGGGGCCCAGCUGGAGGUUACGCCGGGAUGCAGAGCGAGGCCCUCGGAUACACUCAGCAACUGCAUCGCUACGACCUGUCCGCGCUCCAGUACCCACAAGCCAUGACUGCAGCACAGACGUAUAUGAACGGCGCAAAUACGUACAGCCCCAUGUCCUACAGCAGCAGCCCCCAGCAGGCCAGCCAGGUGAUGUCUAUGGUGAAGCCGGAGCCGGUGUCUCACUCGCCGACCGGUGGCCCUAACCACCACCACCACCACCGUGGGCCACUCCAAGGGGACCUGAGGGACAUGAUCAGCAUGUACAUCCCUGGGGGGGAUAACAGUGACCCGGCCUCCCAGAGGGGUGGCUACAGCGUCCAGCAGCACUACCUAGGCGGUACGGUGCCCCUCACUCAUAUCUGAGAACGGAUGGCGAGAGACGCUGGACUCGCGGGGGGGGUGGCGUGCCGACUCAGUGUGACACCAAGGACGCGCCAGUCAUGUCAAACCCCGGACACUACAGCCCCCCCACCCCCCGUAUUACAGCAUUGGGGGGGGAGCAGUGUCUAACGUUUUUAUUUUUUUUGUUUCUACCUCCUAUGUUUUUGCCUAGAAUUAAGGCCUGCCCCCCAGCCCUACGUCUGUUCUGUCCCCAGACCGUUCGUUCUGUCGCACCCCCCCCCCCCUUCCGAUUGCCCGGUGGAGGGGUGUCCCUCGUCAAUGAACCUCUGGUUAUGAAGGACGGCGGUGCUUGUACAUACAGUAGCCUUUACGGUGCCAGUGUCGUGUACAUAUGACCCCCCCCCCCCCUCCUGUCUUUAACAAACUGAACUUGACAUUACAGGCUCCCAUUCACAAGCCCCCAUGUAUGUCACGGGGAAGUAAAAAAAACAAACAUGUGACUCAAAUGUUCACAAUGUUCCCAUUGUAUUCAUUCUGCUGUAUUGUCCUACUGGCACAGUCGCAUCUGCCCCUCAGGUUGAUGGGUAAUCACCAUCACGACCUAAACCAAACCAACCAGGAAGAUACCCGGCCUAAAUGGCACCCUAUUUCUCCCAUGUAGUCAAUUUUUGACCAGACCCUUACGGUGCUCUGCUCAAAGUAGUGCACUAGAAGUGGAGUAGGUUGUCAUUUGGCAUGCAACCACCCUGACAAUAGAGGGGCCCCACCACAGAAACGCAACACUGGGAACCGGGUCAGCCAAUCAAGAUCCUCCCAGGGCCGGUGACAAGCCAGUUACAUGACCCGUCCUCAAGGAUACAGAGGAUUCAGAUCCCAGAACUGGUUUUGUGGCCUCUCACGGAAUGGAACAUCUCAAAUCGAAUAACAGCCUGCUAGUGCAGCGCACUUUGGAGAGGGGAAAAUGCACAGACUUAACUUGAAUGAAGAGUGAACUUUAUACAAACAUGUGGCCUCUAGGUGCCUUUGUGAAUAAGUGCUCUUGUUUUUAUUUUUGUAGUUUAAAAAAGAUAUUUUUUAAAGCCAGACCCAUAGGAAGACAUAGUCUGUUGGACAAUCUUGAGUCAGUUGGAUCCAAUGCAAACCAGUAUGAGAUGAUUAACUGGUGUCUAGUAGCGACUCUUCCUGUAUGUCCAAAUCGCAUUUACAUUUUAGUUUGUAAGUUUAACGUAACAUCAUGGUUUUGUCAAACCUGCGCCCUUCCCGUUUGCUGCUGCAUUGCGUUUUUAGAUAUUGAGAAUUGUGCGUUAGUCAGCUAUUUUGAUUUGAACUCUGUAAAAUUUCAUUUGGAGUUACGUUAUUUGGCAUUUUCCCAAUUUCCCUGAUAAUUACUGUUCAAAUCCCACUUGUACUCUUGGUUUUAACUUCAGUUGUUCACAGAAUACUCUUAAGAGUGACAUUUUAUACAAAUGCUGCAUUUAAUGUAAUUGUUUACUUGAACUGAAACAAGUUAUUUUUACAUGAUACACUUGAAUCAAGUUCUCUAGCUCUGCAACAUCUUGUAUGGAUUUCUACUUCUCCAACCACAACCAAGCACUGUUGUAAUACACUGUCUGGGCAACUCAUGGUAGAUACAGAAAGCAUUAUUUUACGAUAAACCCCAACUUCUGUUUCACAUUCAAACUGUUAGUUGCUUGGUAUUUCUACCAGAUUCCAUUUUCCAUGUGUAGUUCUUUUUCAAUUACUGACCAGAGUUGGCUUCCAGUUCUAAAGUCGCCCAUUUAAUUUUAGACGAUGGGUUUGAACCCAAAUAUGAAUAGUCAACAAGUGCUGCUAAAAGUUUCAAUUUAUUUAGUUUUUUCUUUUACAUUGAAAGUGGGUGAAAUUGUGGACUGGAUUUGUUUGAACUGUAGAAUUUAGAACUGCAAAAUCACAAUUGUUCUAAUUCUGUGGGGAAACUUGUUCUGACACUCCUAAUAUUUUGCAAUCCACUACUUGCUUCAACAAGGGAAGAAGUCCCUACUAAUAUCUGUAUUAGGCAGUGGGGAUUAAAUACUGUAAGUUAUAUGAAAGUAAUUAAACACAAAUGUUUACAUUGCAAUCCAAGUGUGUAUAACCUAACUGUUUUAUUGUACUUUUUGCUAAAUUUUAGGAAUGUCAAUAAUGCUGGUUGUAUAGUGUCAGAUGAAAUCUUGCAAUUUUCAAUGUGCAUAGUGUGUAAAUAAACUAUAUUUUUAAAUGAGGA